UCUGGGGACAGUCAAACUGGAUUCCAUAGGGAAAGCCUGCAAAUCACUUCUAUUUUAGCCGGGAGAAAACAGAAUCUCCAUCCAGCGGGGUCCACCCCUCUCUCUUUCUCCCUCUUCUCUCUUUCUAUCUCUUCCCUCCCCCUCCUCCCCUCUCUCCCCUCCCCCUACCCGCUCUGGUGUCUGUCUGGCGACCAGCGUCCUCCUCUGCGCGCAAAGGAAAGAAACAUCUUUGGUUGGGAGAGAAGGAGGGGGGAAAAAAGCGAGAGAGAGAGAGAGAGAGAGAGAGGAAAAAACUUGCCUGGUUGUGGAAAAUGACACUUGAAGUAGCAAAGCCGGCAGCGCGAGUUGAGCCUAUUGUUUCUUAAAUUGCCAUCAGGUUUUUUUUUUCUUCCUGCUUCUGCAAGUGGAGGUACCGUUACAAAAGGCCCCUCCUGUCCUGCACCGGCCUGUGACCACUACAAAAAAAAAGCGCAAAAAAAAAAAAAAACACCCCAACCCAAAAUCAACCAACCAAACAACCCCAACAGCCAAGCAUACAUCUCUAAUUUUUUUAUUUUGGUCUUUUCGUUGGAUUUUCCCUUUUUUCUUUUUUUUUUUUCUUCUGGUUAUCGCUCAGUUUUGAGCGAAGGUUUACAAUUUUUUUUUAAAAUUUGCUUUCCAGCCCGCCUUGAUCUUCUAGCGUGAGUUCAUCGUCUCAAAAAAAAUCUCUGGUUGGCGUUUUUCUUUGCUUUUUUUUUUUUUCAAUAUUUUCAAGGGGGAGGAGAUUUUCCACAAGAAAAGGUUGUUUUCAUGUUUGGGAUUCAGGAAAGCAUCCAACGGAGUGGAAGCAGCAUGAAGGAAGAGCCGCUGGGCAGCGGCAUGAACGCGGUGCGGACGUGGAUGCAGGGCGCCGGGGUGCUCGACGCCAACACGGCGGCGCAGAGCGGGGUGGGUCUGGCCCGGGCUCACUUUGAGAAGCAGCCGCCUUCCAAUCUGAGGAAAUCCAACUUCUUCCACUUCGUCCUGGCCCUCUACGACAGACAGGGCCAGCCCGUGGAGAUCGAGCGGACAGCCUUUGUGGGGUUCGUGGAGAAGGAAAAAGAAGCCAACAGCGAAAAGACCAAUAAUGGAAUUCACUACCGGCUCCAGCUCCUCUACAGCAAUGGGAUAAGGACAGAGCAGGAUUUCUACGUGCGCCUCAUUGACUCCAUGACAAAACAAGCCAUAGUGUAUGAAGGCCAAGACAAGAACCCAGAAAUGUGCCGAGUCUUGCUCACACACGAGAUCAUGUGCAGCCGCUGUUGUGACAAGAAAAGCUGUGGCAACCGAAAUGAGACACCCUCAGAUCCAGUGAUAAUUGACAGGUUCUUCUUGAAAUUUUUCCUCAAGUGUAACCAAAAUUGCCUAAAGAAUGCAGGAAACCCACGUGACAUGCGGAGAUUCCAGGUCGUGGUGUCUACAACAGUCAACGUGGACGGCCAUGUCCUGGCAGUCUCCGACAACAUGUUUGUGCACAACAACUCUAAACAUGGGCGGAGGGCACGGAGACUUGACCCCUCGGAAGGUACGCCCUCUUAUCUGGAACAUGCAGCUACUCCCUGUAUCAAAGCCAUCAGCCCGAGUGAAGGAUGGACGACGGGAGGCGCCACUGUGAUCAUCAUAGGGGACAAUUUCUUUGAUGGGUUACAGGUCAUAUUCGGUACCAUGCUGGUCUGGAGUGAGUUGAUUACUCCUCAUGCCAUCCGUGUGCAGACGCCGCCUCGGCACAUCCCUGGUGUUGUGGAAGUCACAUUGUCCUACAAAUCCAAGCAGUUCUGCAAAGGGACACCAGGCAGAUUCAUUUACACAGCUCUCAAUGAACCCACCAUUGAUUAUGGCUUCCAGAGGUUACAGAAGGUCAUUCCCCGGCACCCUGGAGACCCUGAGCGUUUGCCAAAGGAAGUAAUUCUCAAAAGGGCUGCGGACCUGGUGGAAGCGCUGUAUGGGAUGCCGCACAACAACCAGGAGAUUAUUCUGAAGAGAGCGGCUGACAUCGCAGAGGCUCUGUACAGCGUGCCCCGCAAUCACAACCAGCUCCCAGCUCUCACUAACACCUCAGUCCAUGCAGGGAUGAUGGGCGUGAAUUCCUUCAGUGGACAACUGGCUGUGAAUGUCUCCGAGGCAUCACAAGGCACCAAUCAAGGUUUCACCCGCAACUCAAGCAGUGUGUCACCCCAUGGCUACGUGCCGAGCACCACCCCACAACAGACCAACUACAACUCAGUCACCACAAGCAUGAAUGGCUACGGCUCAGCUGCCAUGUCCAAUCUGGGCGGCUCCCCGACUUUCCUCAAUGGCUCAGCUGCCAACUCACCCUAUGCCAUUGUGCCAUCCAGUCCCACCAUGGCCUCCUCCACAAGCCUCCCCUCCAACUGCAGCAGCUCCUCGGGCAUCUUUUCCUUCUCACCAGCCAACAUGGUGUCAGCCGUGAAGCAGAAGAGUGCUUUUGCACCUGUCGUCAGACCCCAGACUUCCCCGCCUCCCACCUGCACCAGCACCAAUGGGAACAGCCUGCAAGCGAUAUCUGGCAUGAUUGUUCCUCCCAUGUGAAAGGAUUGCCUUGAAGAAUUUUAUUAAUGAAGAAGUUGGAUUCUGCUACAGAGAGUAAUCCGAUACAAGUCCCAGAGUGGAACUUCUAACUCAGGCCUUUUUAAGAGGAAUCACAGUAACUGCAGAUUUUUAAACGAACAGAAACCACCGACCUUGCAGACACUGAAGUUGGAAGGAAUCUGCAAGUGCAGGGUGUUGGUUAAAGUUGUACCUCCCUAGUGUUUGGGGGAUAUAUUUAUUCUGUGUUGAUAAAAGCAAAUUCAUUUUUUCUUUUUUCUUUUUCUGUUUUUUUUUUUAAGCUUAACUCUGCAAUCAUUUGUCUUUUAUAAACCGUAAAGCUAUAUACAAGGGACACUAUAAAUAAGACUCCAUGUUUUAAUUUAUGAUGUUUUUAAAGCUGUGUAAAGGGAGAAUGAAGUGGUGAUAUUUACAAAAAAAAGUUUUUAAAAAAGAAAAAAAAAGCUUGUAUGGGACAGAAUAGGAAUGCCAGUUAGAUUUUUUUAGAAAACUAAGGGUCGGCUUUUGCGCCUUAAAGCAUAUCAAAUGGUAGUUAGCUCAGACCGUGCAUUUUCAGUAUCUAACUUACCUUGCCAUCCCUUAGCCGUGCAAGCCUGUUUAUUUAUCUCUUUCGUAUUGUUGUCUUAAGUAACUGUGUAUAUAAAUGCAGCCUGGAAAGUGAAAAAUUGAUGUCAGUGAUCACAUUUUUUCCCUUCUACUGAAAAAAUCCAGUGCCUCUAGAUAGCUCAUUCAAACGCUUACUGAAACCUGCUAUCCUUCCUCGUCUGACUUCUGCAGCCCUGGUCGCAAGCCCCGGGCCUCUGGGAGCCGAGAGCCACACUUACGCGAGGAUCUCUCUUAAGACAUCACAGAACAGGGUCCAGGCACAGAAUUUCACACUCUGCCCUCCAGUUAACAAGCCAAAUUCUCACUUAUAAUCCGCCAUUUACCAGUUCAAAGUUUACUCAUCCUCAAAGCUGACUUCCUCCCAAUUCUUCAAAACCUGACUAAAGCAAUGUGGCAGGUAUUUCCAUUUUUCUACUUGGAGAUUGGGCUCUAUCAAUGGGCCCUUAGGUUCCUAACAGAAGAUUCAAACAACAGGUUAAGUGCUUUGAGAUUCAGAGUCAAAGGAAGCUGGGGGAAACAGAAGGUCCAGACCUCGAAAACAGUUUUCUGUUCUAUGGAAAUUUUUGCUCUCGUUAUCUGGGAAGUGUUCUUAAAAAUAGGGAGUUGAUGGCAAACACGCAGCAAAGCUCUGAGGAUGCAUUCGCCUCGUGUGGUUUUUCUUUGCCGUUGUGUUUUUGUAUGUAGUUAUAAAUACUGUAGAUUUUUUGUGAUUUUUUGCCAAAGUUGUUGUUCUAUUUAUACAUUUUAAUGUCUUAAGACAGUUUUUCAAUAUCACAAAAAGAUUUUACUGCAUAUUUUGCAAAGAAAAAAAGCUCACUACCUUUAGCUUGCACAUACUUGCAAAAGUUAAUUAAAAGGCUUUUUGUUUUAACGGGGAUUUUGUAAAAUAUCCAUAUAAAUAAUGUAUUUAUCUUUGGAAUUUGUACAUUGCUUUUCCCUUCCUUUCUUCCUCCCACCCUCAGUUUAUUUUAUUGUGUAUGUUUGCUAUGUGAAAAGUACGUAUUUGUUUGGUCACCUACAGUUGUAUUAGCUGUUUCAAUGUGAUUUUAAAACAUUUCAUUUAUAGUUAUUUUUAGUAUUGUUUUAAACCAUGCUUCAAUUUUUUUUAUUCCCACCCAAAAGCCAUUGUCUAUUUUUGUAUUAUUUGUAAGUUAAGAAGUUUUUUCCAAUAUAUGGCAAAAAAUAGUAGCAUAUUAUUCUUGUAGUAUUUAGUUCUGUAGAUCAAAAACAAAAUGUAUCCUUUGCUUUGGAAGCUUACAAAAAACCCUAAUGCUGUUUUACUCUAUUAAUAUGCAUGGAAUCUCUCCCUUUGGAAUAACGCAUUUUGUGCAUUAAAUUCGGGGGAGAAACUUCAUAGAAAUCAAUGAACAUACUUUCUUUCUAAGUCUGCUUGUAUAUUUCCUCUGUCCUUCACAUAAAUAUAAACCAGCAGAUUGGAUGCCUUAACCAUGCAGAUCAUAUUCAUUUCACUUGUACAUUGCAAUUGUGCACCAGAAUUCUCAGUCAUCACUAACAUUCUCAGAAAAAAAGGAAAAAAAAAAAGAAAAAAAAAACAAAGAAAUUGAAAAGCACAAAAGAACUGUUUUGUUACCUUAAGACAAUGUAACUUUUUCUAGUAGAGCAAGAAAUCAUUUACAACAAUGCUGCAACUGUGCAUGCCCCCAUAUGGAUUUUGCAAUGGUUUUCACUAGACUGUCAGAGUGCGAUUUUUAUGGGUCGGGGCGGGCGGGGGUGGGGAGCUGUGGGAGGGCAGGGAGGGAUGAAAGCUGAUUUUUCAUGGUGAGAAAUAAUAAUGAUGAUGACUGAUAAUAAUAAAAACUGGAAAAUGUAAGCAAGGUUUAGCGUUGCUUCUCGGUACUCAGAAAGGUGGUGUGAUUCGUGUGGUCAACGCUGGCCUGAAGAUGGAUACAAUGUAAAGCCAUAUUUUGUCUGGUGGUCCCCUUAACUGUUUGCGAAGGAACAGUGGUCAGCCAGUGAGGUGCCUGGCUCACUUAGCCCCGACAGCAGACACUACCCAUCUGUCAGCCAUGUGCAGUGGUUAGAACUUUUCUGGAAAGUCCAAAGAGCCUUUAAAAUGCGUAUGACUUGUGUUUUGUUGCAUUUGUUUAUAUUGAUUAGAUGAAGACGUUCUGGCCCUUUUACCCUCUUUCUUCUACAUAAAAAUUUCAAAUAAAAGAUAUGUUCCCCUAAAAACAGAAUAUGGCUUUAAGAGGAAAAUGGAAUAGAGAAUUCAAUUCUGAUUUCAGGUUUGGGGGAAUAAUACAGCUUCUGGAUGACUGGAUUGGAUCAUGUGCCCUGGCCUCACAUUGUACUAGGAUGCAGCUUGAUACAGUCAUCUCUGAUCUACUAACCUUUCACCUUCUUAACAAAACUUUUUGAAUAGACACACACUGUACAGUUCAAUUGUUAGAGAACCUAACUACUGUAGAGAUUGUUAUAAUUUUUUUUUUGCAAAAAUUCAAGCUGUAAAAACUUUUCAACUUUCACAAUAUUUAAUUAAAGUUACUUCCUGUCUGUGAU